AUGCCAAAUAAUGAGAAGACAGAAAGCGAUGAAUACAGCGAGAUAGAUCAAAGUACAAUGGAAGAGAAUGCAACACAAGAACUGAUAAAUAACAUGCAAUCCGGAAAAAGGAGGCUACAAGAGGACAGGUCAUUUAUCCAAGAUGCCACAGAAAAAGCAGAUAUGUACUACAAAAAGCUUAAAGAGGGAGAAAGUGUUCCAACUUUCUAUUUAAACCUACCGUGUCCGCAGUGUGGCUGUCAAACAAACGGGCAUGGCCAGAAGCACAGAUUAGAAAGAAAGUGCCGAGUAUGCCUUCUGACUUUCCAGCUAGACACUUGGCUAAUGCAUAUUUUACGGUAUAAAACCCCACUAAAACACAUACUUGAUCGCUCCCUUGGAAAAAUAAUAGGCUCACUUAAAGUACUAAAAGAGCCAGAUACUAUUCCAAAGAAAAAUUUAGAAAAAAAGAUCCAAGAAGCAACAAAUGAACUUGCUGAGAAGAAUAGAGAACUAAGCGAAAUCGGAAAUAGCCUUAAGAAAGAGCUGGAUGCAGUGAAGGCAGAAGUAGAGGAAUUAUAUGCAGAGUCUAAGCGGUACAAAACGGAACUAGCUCAAAUGAAGUCAGAUAUUAAUAGAACAGCUCAAACAAGCAGUGCGGUAAAACCAGGCGUAAGUCCGAAAGCAGCUAGCAAAAAAGCACAGGCACCAACACAUGCCAUUUCUCCGGUUAAAAAGAGCCAUGCCUCUAAAGAACAACCUGAAAAAUAAAAAUUAG